AUGGACCGCAACCGCAGGCCAUCCGGCUGGGAUGAGCUGCCAGACGAGAUCUUGCUGCAGAUCAUCGCCUACCUUGAACCGUAUCAUAUCACGCGUUUGCGGCUAGUGUCGCACAGGUUGCAGGAGCUUUGCUUGGAUGACGAGCUAUGGAAGCGGAACUGCUUCGACGAGUCGCCCUGGUACCUAAGGCUCCAGAAUAGGCGCGGCGCUACUCCCCCGUUCUUCCGUCUCGCUUCUCAUGGUCACGAAGUGCAAAAUGCGGCUCGGGCCACACAAAAAGAUGUGACCUCAACCAAAGGCCCACAUCUCGUCGUGCCACCGACUAAACCGCCGGCAGACGACAGCAAACAUCGCAAAUGGCGAAAGAUACAAGACAUGGCGAACUGGGAUCCGUCGUUCCCAACCGAGCAAGUAUCGUGGUACGAUGAAUACAUUCAACGCUGUGGACCCGCCUGUAUAUCGUGGCUACAAACGCCGCGUAUACGAGAUUGUGGAGUGGAAGCUAUAAUCGAAUCGCGUGGCGUCGCCCUGUACAACCCGCACGACGGCAACGAUGGUGACGGAACAAUGCUGGCUGUUUCACCCCUCGAUGAUGGAUCUGUCUGUCUUUGGGAUAUCAAAGGGACUCGAGGGAAACAGGGCAGCAUAAUUGGGCGUAGUAAGCCUGACAUCCUUUUUAUUGACGGGCCCAGCGGCCAGAAUAAGCGGCGGUCGAAGCGAAUUGACACUGGAGUGACUGAAUGUGUCAGCGUCAAUCACCAGAACAACAGGGCGUUCUUUGCUGUCCAAAGUCAUCUUAUUGAAGUCGACUUAAAUCGCCUUGAAGCUGUGAGCCGACAAUCGUUUGAAUGGUCUAUUACGACCAUGUCAGCCAUUAAUCAGGGCCUGCCUCUAACUGUUGGAACGUCUCUUGGCAUUCAUCUGCACGAUUUCCGAACACGAGCCAAUAUACCCAGUGACAGAUCUGAGCGAGUGGAAUGGGACGAGUCGGAUGUCUACAGAUCGAUUUUUGAUCCCAAGCCUCUGCCACCCUACGCAUCGCUGUCCCAACCUACCCCCAUCAGUAUCCUGCAUCUCCCAAAAUUUGGAUCUCACGACCAGAUGUCGGACGACAUUUAUGUAUCAGGACGGUUCACCAACAUAUUACACUAUGAUCGGCGUAUGUUCCCGGCCAUAGUAGGAUCAAUCUAUUCUGGUGGUCUGAUAAAAAGCUUGGCUGCCGUGCCAUAUCCAUAUUCAACGGUGGACUACGAGGUUCGACGGCACGGCGAGUUCCCGGUGGAGCAGAUCUCACGAAUCAAAAGGACUGGUAGCGGUGUGACCAUGGUUGCUGGUGGCGCGUAUAAGCUCAAAGGCUCCCUCGAAAUGUACGGGCUCAGCUCUGCUGUCCAUUCAAAUGACCGCGCAACAUUGCAAAAUGCUGCAAUGAAGAAUCGACAAACAGCAGCUUCGGCGACAAUUCUCUCGCUGACGACGCAUGGGACCAAGAUUGCAUUUUCAGACGGAACCGGGUUGAUCAAGUGGUUUGAGAGGGAUGGCUUUACAGAAUGUCGGCGACACAAAAUCGGGUCAUGCGAUGCAAAAGCAAGUAACCUUUUGGCCAGCAAUGGACGUGGUGAAAUUGCGCGCAAGAUUCUGUCGACAAAGUCGUUUGUGGGCCAAGAUCGACCGAAUAAUGACAAUAUUCUAUUUUGGACGGGCGAGCGGCUUGGUUUGCUGAGUUUCACGACAGCACCGUUAUACCAAUCCGAUGACUUUGAGCCGCAGGAUGAAGAGAUGGCAGCGGAGGAAGAAAAGCGACAGCAGUAUGCUGACAAGAUGCGUGAGGCGCUUGAGAGGCAGACUGACGAGAUGCGACUGAUGAACCGGUUUGGACACGGCCCAGCAUAA